ACGGACUUUAUUUAGUGAACACUCCAGCGCUUGUUGUGGUUCCAACGUGGGUUUAUAACCGGGAAGAUUUUCUGUAGAAAUCAUUCUUCAUAUGUGUAAAAAGAUCGCCUGACCACUGUAAAAAAUGCAGGUGUCCAGUGUAAAUAAUAUAAAGAUAUAUAAUUUGAGCCAUGGAAAGUCUCUGCCAGAGUGGUUGUCAGACAGAAAGAAGAGAGCUUUACAAAAGAAAGAUGUUGAUAUUCAGAGGAGGAUUGAACUCAUUCAGGAUUUUGAGAUGCCCACUGUGUGCACCUCUCUCAAAGUGUCACGUGACGGACAGUAUAUUUUAGCUGCAGGCACAUACAAACCCAGGAUCCGGUGCUAUGACACGUAUCAGCUGUCUCUGAAGUUUGAAAGGUGUCUGGAUUCUGAUGUGGUGGCCUUUGAAAUCUUGUCUGAUGACUACUCCAAGCUGGUGUUUCUGCAUAUUGAUCGUUACGUGGAGUUUCAUUCCCAGCACGGUCACUACUACAAGACGCGCAUCCCCAAGUUCGGCCGAGAUUUCUCCUACCACUACCCAUCCUGUGAUUUGUACUUUGUAGGAGCCAGUUCAGAGAUCAUCCGACUGAACCUCGAACAGGGCCGAUUCCUCAACUCUCUGCAGACAGACGCGAUGGAGAACAAUGUAUGUGACAUCAACCCUGUUCAUCAUUUAUUUGCUGCUGGGACUUUAGAGGGGAAAGUGGAAUGCUGGGACCCACGUGUGCGCAGUCGUGUGGGCAUCCUGGACUGCGCUCUCAGCAGUGUGACAGAGGGAAAUGAAGUAGAGAGCCUGCCAUCUGUCAGUGCACUCAAGUUUAAUGGCUCCCUGGGUGUGGCUGUGGGCAUGACUACAGGACAGGUUUUGUUGUACGACCUACGUUCCUCUCGUCCCCUGCUCGUGAAAGACCAUUAUUACGGCCUGCCCAUCCGCUCCCUCCAUUUCCAUAAACAGAUGGAUCUGGUGAUUUCCGCAGACUCGAAGAUCAUCAAGAUGUGGCACAGAGACAAUGGUAAGGUGUUUUCUUCCAUCGAGCCACCGGCCAACAUCAACGAUGUGUGUAUUUACCCCGAAUCAGGUAUGCUCUUCACUGCUAAUGAAGACCCCAAAAUGAAUACUUUCUACAUUCCAGCCCUGGGUCCUGCACCUCGUUGGUGCUCUUUCCUUGAUAACCUGACUGAGGAACUGGAGGAGAACCCAGAGAGUACUGUCUACGACGACUACAAGUUUGUUACACGCAAAGACCUGGACAACCUUGGUCUGACACACCUGAUUGGCUCACCUCUGCUGAGGGCCUACAUGCAUGGCUUCUUCAUGGACAUCAGACUCUACCACAAGGUUAAAACUAUGGCAAAUCCAUUUGCCUAUGAGGAAUAUCGCAAGGACAAGAUACGGCAGAAAAUUGAAGAGUCCAGAGUCCAGAGAGUACAGCUAAAGAAUCUGCCAAAGGUGAACAAAGAGCUUGCAAUGAAGCUGAUGGAGGAGGGUAAAGAGUCACGAAAAGCCAAGAAGAAAGCCAAGGGCACCACAAGCAUCCUGACUGAUGACCGUUUCAAAAUGAUGUUCGAGAAUCCAGACUACCAAGUAGACGAGCAGAGCGAGGAGUUCCGCUUGCUUAAUCCCAUCGUGUCCAAAGUGGGCCAGAGGAGGAGGGAGAAGCUACAGCAAUUAGUUGAGCAAGAGGCAAAUGAAAAGUCGGAUGAUGAGGAAGAGGAGCUGGAGGGACGGCCCAGCUCCGAGGAAGAGGAGAGCUCAGACGACGAUAAGAGCUGGGUGGAGGAGGUGAGGGAGCAGCGGCGUCUCUUACGAGUAGAGCAGAGAGAGCGCCAGUUUAAAGAGAGAAAGGAGCAGGACCGCAACACCAGCCUGCAGAGUUCAGAUCCAGUCAGAAAGUCUCAACAGUGCCAGGCUCAAGGCCAGAGCCAGCCACGCUUCUACCAGAUCAAAGCCGGAGAGGAGUUCCGCAGCUUCGGGGACGUGGCACGCAAACAGAAGAUGCAAAAAACCUCGCUUGCGGAGCGUCUGAAGCUGGAGGAGAGCUCAGGGAUGCUGAACGUUGCUGACACUGCAGUCGGAAGCAAGCAGCUGACCUUCACUCUUAAAAAGACUGAGAAACAACAGAGUCAACAGCGGGCCGAAUGGGAGCACCAUGAGGAGAGGAGGAAGAUCAGGAGGGCUGCUGGUCACCUUCACACUCGAGGACGAGGCAGAGGAAGAGGCAGAGGAAGAGGCAGGGGACGAUUCUGAACGCUGCCUCCAAACUCCCGCUAUAGUCACUUGUAUGCAUUUAGGCUUUAAACGCGGCCUCAAAAUAACUUUGUCCUACUGCUACAAGGACAGGCAAGUGUACUGUAAACUCUGCUUUUAAUGUGGGUUUCAUGGAAUGCAAAAGAAAGACCAUAUGGUCAGUGAGAGAAGUUGGGGAUAAUUCUUUUUAAUGUUUGGGUGUGUGUACAUGUCUGUGUGUGUGUCUGUGUGUGUGUCUGUGUGUGUGUCUGUGUGUGUGUCUGUGUGUGUGUCUGUCUGUGUGUGUCUGUCUGUGUGUGUCUGUCUGUGUGUGUCUGUCUGUGUGUGUCUGUCUGUGUGUGUCUGUCUGUGUGUGUCUGUGUGUGUCUGUCUGUGUGUGUCUGUCUGUGUGUGUCUGUCUGUGUGUGUCUGUCUGUGUGUGUCUGUCUGUGUGUGUCUGUCUGUGUGUGUCUGUCUGUGUGUGUCUGUCUGUGUGUGUCUGUCUGUGUGUGUCUGUCUGUGUGUGUCUGUCUGUGUGUGUCUGUCUGUGUGUGUCUGUCUGUGUGUGUCUGUCUGUGUUACACUCCUCUAUUGUGUCGCACGGUGUAGUCUAAACCAGCAGGACAUUGUUAAAGAAACCUUUCAUCUACAGCUGAGUGUGUGUAUUUGCUGUUUUUUUUAUUUUUUAUUUAAUCUGUAUUCUGAUCUCAAUGCACCAGGUCCUAAAACUUUGUACUGAAAUUAAUUUUAGAAACAUCUUCCACUUUUUUUUCUCUCUCUCUAAUUAUUUCUUUAAAAUUUCCCUUUUGAGAAUUAGUUUGACAUUGUCUCAAGCCAGCUCAGGAUUAGCUGCUUUAUGAAAGCUGCUACUUUGUUGUCAGCUAUUACUAUAUUAAGCAAGCUUUCAAGAUAAACAACUGUAACAGGACACUUGUUUAGCUACUCACUGCUGUAUUCUGUUCAACAAUAGCCUAUGAUUAAAAGUGUCAAGCUUUACAAAUACUACAAUGAAUGUGAGGCAUGAAGCUACCAGGCAAGCCCGUAAUGUGAAGUAAACAAGUACAUUUACAGGAUGGUUAACUAUUGCAGUUUGAACUGUGUUCCAAGUUGGUUUUCAAGAUGAAUCAGUAUUAAAACACUUGAUCAGCAUAACAUGCGUAUAAUAAGCAUAUUUCUACAACUGCAAGUUAAGAUACACACAAAAAAAGUAAAUACAAUUACAAAAUCCAUAAAAACCUGGAAGCUCUGAAACCAGUUAAUGUCUGAUCUUCCUCAUCUGUACCAGAAGUGAAGAGAUGAAGUUUGUGUGUAGUGUAUACACCAGUCUAUAGUGAAAUAUAAAGAUUAUGAAUUGAAAUA